CCGCUUGCGUCCCUCCCCCGCAGCGCGCAAUCAUGGCCGCCAUCACACGCGAGAAGAACGCCCCGCUCACUGAAGAUCCUCGGCUGGAUGGAUUGGACGACGUUCUGACACGGAAUGCGAAGUUGGCCACGAAUAAAGAGCACGAGAUGUCCUUGCUCCAGGGUAUCAGACUCUAUCCCAAGGCCAUUGCGUGGUCCAUCCUCAUCUCCACUUGUAUCUGCAUGGAGGGCUACGACGUCUGCUUGCUUUCGAACUUCUAUGCUUUUCCUCAGUUCAAUCAGAAGUACGGCGUGCAGCUGCCGAACGGAACGUACCAGGUCCCAGCGAGAUGGCAGGCCGGAUUGAGCAAUGGCGCGAACUGUGGAGAGAUUCUCGGCCUGUUUCUUAACGGCUGGCUGAGUGAGCGGUACGGCUACCGAAAAACUGUCAUGGCCUGCUUGGUUUGCAUGAUCGGUUUUACGGCUAUCCUCUUCACUGCAAAGAACGUCAUUGCGCUGCAAGUAGGAGAGAUCUUGUGCGGUAUUCCUUGGGGUGUUUUCCAAACCCUCACGAUCACGUACGCUUCGGAAGUCUGCCCUGUCGCCCUGCGCGGCUAUCUCACGACCUAUGUCAACUUCUGCUGGGGACUCGGACAAGUCAUCGGAGUCGGCGUGAUCAAGUCUUUCCUCGGGCGCACAGACCAAUGGGCUUACCGGAUCCCCUAUGCGCUCCAAUGGAUGUGGCCGCUCCCUCUGUUCAUCGGCGUUGCUCUCGCACCUGAAAGUCCUUGGUGGCUGGUCAGGAAAGGCCGUCAUGAGGAGGCUAAGCAGUCACUUCUCCGUUUAACCAGCAAAGCGAGCAUUGCUGGUGACCACGGAGAAGAAUUCGAUGCCGACGAAACGAUCGCCAUGAUGGAGCAUACGACCAGGCUCGAAGAGAAGAUCACCCGUGGGUCGACUUACCUCGAUUGCUUCCGAGGCGUGGAGUUGCGUCGGACGGAGAUUGUUUGCAUGGUCUGGGCGAUGCAGAACCUUGCGGGCAACUCGUUUACUGGAUAUUCCACCUACUUUCUUGAACAAGCCGGGUUGGCGCCAGCGAAAUCCUACGACUUUGUGCUUGGACAGUAUGGCAUCAAUAUGGCGGGCGUAUUCGGAGCUUGGUUCCUCAUGAGUCGUGGUAUCGGUCGCCGGGCACUCUAUCUCUAUGGUCUCAUCGGCCUCUGCAUCGUGCUGUUCUGUCUGGGCUUCCUUGGUCUGGUUCCGGAGAAGCACAAGGACCAGGCUGCACUUGCCACUGGCUCUUUGAUGCUCGUAUGGGCUGUGAUCUAUCAGUGCACUGUCGGCACUGUUGCCUACUCCCUUGUCAGUGAGAUCAGCUCGAGGCGACUGUUGAUCAAGAGUAUCGUUCUCGGACGCAAUCUCUACAACAUCGUUGGGAUCAUCUGCGCUGUUCUCAGUCCCUAUAUGCUCAACCCAGGAGCAUGGAACUGGAGUAACUACACUGGUUUCUUCUGGGGCGGAAUCUGCUUCUUCUGUGUUAUCUACACCUACUUCCGAGUGCCCGAGGUAAGCGUUCCUGAGCCGUCUUGUGUCGCUGUGUUGAGUGUUUCCAGCCGCAAGGACGCACCUUUGCAGAGCUCGACAUCCUCUUCGGACAGGGUGUCAGUGCGCGUCAUUUCGCAUCGACGUCCGUGGAUGUUUUCGACGCUGUCCAACUUCCGACCGACGGCGCGUCCGUCACAGAAAAAGACGACUGACAUGAUGUUACAUAGUUCAUACUAAUCCUGACCCACCUGGGGCUGGGUUCUCUGACGACUAAUGAGCGCGAUGAUAUCCACGUAAUGACCGCUGCUUGCUUGUAUCUUACAAUUAGUCGUUUAGUCGAUUACCAUACACACAAUUCGAUGCAUGCAUCCCAGCUUCUAUAUUCCACGCUAACACAGGCAAUGUUCACAGAUCUCGAGGAUGUUGAGAUGUAGAAAUUUGGCGAAAUUGG